UAGCAGUGAGGGUGGUGCUCGCGCGCGAAAGUGCGCGCGCGCAGAGUACGGAGACGAACGUGGAUUUUGAGAUAGGCCCGGACUUUCUGGAACGCUGGAGGACAAGAUGACUGGGUCAAAUGAAUUUAAGCUGAACCAGCCACCAGAAGAUGGAAUCUCAUCUGUGAAAUUCAGUCCUAACACAUCUCAGUUUUUGCUUGUUUCAUCUUGGGAUACUUCUGUUCGAUUGUAUGAUGUUCCAGCCAACACCAUGAGACUAAAGUAUCAACAUACAGGAGCUGUACUUGACUGUGCUUUUUAUGACCCUACACAUGCCUGGAGUGGAGGAUUAGACCGACAGUUAAAGAUGCACGACUUGAACACUGAUCAAGAAAACCUUGUUGGCACUCAUGAUGCUCCUAUCAGAUGUGUUGAAUAUUGUCCAGAAGUGAAUGUAAUGGUAACAGGAAGUUGGGAUCAAACGGUCAAGUUAUGGGAUCCUAGGACACCGUGUAAUGCUGGAACAUUUUCUCAGCCUGAAAAGGUGUAUACAUUGUCUGUGUCUGGUGACAGACUGAUAGUGGGAACAGCUGGUCGGAGAGUUCUUGUGUGGGACUUACGGAAUAUGGGCUAUGUUCAGCAAAGAAGAGAAUCAAGUCUUAAAUAUCAGACCCGUUGCAUCAGAGCAUUUCCUAACAAACAGGGUUAUGUGUUAAGCUCUAUAGAAGGUCGUGUUGCAGUUGAAUAUUUGGACCCAAGUUUGGAAGUACAGAAGAAAAAAUAUGCUUUCAAAUGUCACAGACUGAAGGAGAAUAACAUAGAGCAAAUUUAUCCAGUCAAUGCCAUCUCUUUCCACAAUGUCCAUAACACUUUUGCUACAGGUGGUUCUGAUGGCUUUGUCAAUAUUUGGGAUCCAUUCAAUAAAAAGAGACUCUGCCAGUUCCACCGCUAUCCUACCAGCAUAGCAUCACUGGCUUUCAGUAAUGAUGGAACUACCCUUGCAAUAGCAUCAUCAUAUAUGUAUGAAAUGGAUGACAUUGAGCAUCCUGAAGAUGGUAUCUAUAUUCGCCAAGUGACAGAUGCCGAAACAAAACCUAAGUCUACCUAACUUCUGGCCAAAAGCUUCAGUGAUUUCUUUCUCUUUAGACUCCUUCAUCUGCUUAUGGCAAGAUUUGCAUAGAAUUAAAUGAAGAUCUUUCGUUGAAUGCUUUCACUGAAACUAGUGUUUGUCAUCCUGCAUACUCUAUAUUCUUUUAUUUUUAACAUGUCCAGGAAUUGGUGUUGUCCUCAGCUUUAAAAGUAAAUGUUUCCUUAACCCAUUCAUUCCUUUAAAAUCUUUUUGUAGUUGAGCACUUGUAUAUAUUUAAUAAUGUUUCCACUAUCUGAAUAAAGACUGUUUUCCAACAA